AUGCUCAUCGCCGUUGUGUUGGACGUCGAGCACAAGGAAGGCGAGGACAACCUCCUGUACGUGAGCACCAAGUCGGACUGUCACGCGCUCUUGUCGCUGCGCGGCGUCGUGGCUGCCGCUGCUGGCGCGGUGCGGACGCUCUUUCGAGAGCGCAUCCAAAGCUGCACGUUUGCGCCGGGUGUGGGCGCCGCCUAUAUCGACGACGGCGAUCUCCUCUUCGUCCUCUUGCAAGACGGAGGUGAUGGUUCGACCAUGUGGCUACAAGCAUGUGCGAGCGACUGCUACGAGUUUCUUCAGAGCGCGUUCGGCCCGCCUGGCGUCAAGUGCUGCGACUGGAAGACGCAGUCGGCAGCCGUCGACGACGUUGUCGCUCAGUGGUUUGCCGCCGUCGCGCACGAGCCGAGCAUGGUCUGGCGAGCACUGUUUCCGAUGUCGACGCCGGCGCGCCGGCCGCCGUGGCGAAUCCUCAUGGAGAUGCACGGACCGCAGUACCUCAACAUUGCCGAACUGCCUAGCCGCGGGCGUCCGAUCGGCGUCCUUCUCUGCUAUGCGCAGCAGGUUGUGCUCUCGACCUUUGGCGCUGCCACCACACGUCUUCUCCAUCAAUGGGCUCUCUUUUACGGGAACGCGGGAGCUUGUCAUGUCCUGCAUAUCAAUUUGCUGGACGAAGUCGCACACGAAGUCAUUGGUCGCUUGCUCACGCUGCUCCGUCAUGGCGCAUGGGCGCUGCUGGUGCUCGACUCGAUCGCCGACGACCCUCCUUCAUCCGACUUGGAUCUACUCCCGCGACUCGAGGCGGCCUUUGGGCACCAGCUCGCGUCAGAGGCGCCACUUGUCGUCUUGCCACCGCCGCACACGGACGCGUACCUCCAUGUGCUGCGUUGGAGCAAAGUGCAUCAUUGCUUUUACGAGCAAGCGCCAACGAAGCCUUGCGCAUUGCUGGACGACGAGCGCCGCGCCGCGUUGACGCGUUGCAUCGAGGGCAUGCAGGCGCGGUAUGCAGCGUCCGAAAUGGCCCAUCGCACCUGCACGUCUCCGUUCAUCGAGCAUCCGGAAGCCCCGAUUGCGGACGACACGACGUGGAUGCUGCACGUCGCUGUGCCCAGGAGCGACGAUGGUGAAGACAUGGGCGGCAGCGGGUACGACCGCGGCCUCUUUCCCCCGAGCAAUUCGCUCUACCGCCCGAGCCAAGUGCUGUCACAGCGCCUGUCGACCCAGGCGCGUCAAGUGCGCGUCGGUUCGUCGCACAUGCUGUGGGUGCGCGCCUAUCACAUGGCCGCACGGGAUGUCUACGUGUGCUACGACGCGUCGACGCCGCACCACGUUUUCGAGACCGCACUCCAAAACGCGGUACUGGAUUGA